AUGGGUAUCGUAUUUGCAACUGCAGCUAUCAUUUAUCUUAUUUACAUGGGUCCAUUACCUGUUCCAAAUUGCAAUAGCAGUGCGAACGCUCGAGAACGUGGCAUACUGUUCGCCCAAGAGCGCAAACGUCAAUUAUCCAUGAAUGCAGAUAUUAGUGAAGAUAGUUUAAUGAAAUGGAGCUGUGAACUGGAAAAGAUAUCUGCUCGAUAUGUCAACGAAUGUCACAAUGCGAAGGAUAUGAAAAACAGAGGAGCACUCGUGCAAAAUGCUGAUUCUAAUUAUUUCAAUUUAUAUGGUGAAGUAUUCCUUCCUGGAUUUUAUACAAUUACAUAUUAUGAAAACAUUGGAUUAGAUAAUGAAAAAUGGAAAUAUGUCGCUGAAGUUGGUUGUUCACAAAAAUUUUGUCAAAUAGCCGAUGGAGCUAAUAAAGGAAUGACUGUGAAACUCAUUGCGUGUUUUUACAAACUUCGGUCACCAUUAACAAUUGGUUCCGCUUACCAAGAACCAAAGAUUAUAUCGAAACCUUCUGCAAUAUCCACAUCAACAGAAUUAACGGCAACGCCAAAAUUAAAUACACCAACUUUCAUGUUACCAUUUACUGAGUCUUUUAUAUUAGAAGCAGCUGAAGCGUGGUGGAAAAGCGGAUCUUCGAAUAAUUAUAUCUCGGAUUUUGAAGAUUUUACUCAUCAUAAAUUUUUAGAAGAAAGCGACUUCUUUGCCCAGCUGGCGAGCAUGGAAAAAACUUAUAUUGGUUGUGGAACUGCAAAUUGUCCUGCGCAUGAUGCUGAAUUCAAUACGAUGCAGACGGUGGUGUGCCAGUAUUAUCCACGAAUUCAACGCAAUUCGAGUAAAUCUGUGGAACUAUGGGGAGCCUUACGCACUUAUGAGCAACAGAUUCGCGAUGUAAUUCAGGAUCAUUCUUGA